AUGGGAAAGGCCGAGGCAGGAAGCACGAAAUGGGUCGCCAACAAGAUGAAGUCCAAGGGACUUCAGAGGCUCCGCUGGUGGUGCGAAAUCUGCCAGAAACAGUGUCGCGAUGCCAACGGCUUUAAGUGCCAUGUUCAGUCAGAAUCGCACGUUCGCCAAAUGCAGGUCGUUGGUGAAGACCCUCGCAAGUUCAUCAACAACUUCAGCAGCGACUUUCAGCGCGACUUCGUCUCCCUGCUACGCACAGCCCACAACGAGAAGUGGAUAUCCUCGAACAAGUUCUACAACGAAUACAUUCGUGACAAGGAGCAUGUUCACAUGAACGCGACCAAGUGGCCAAGCUUGACUGAGUUCGUCAAGCACUUGGGUCGCGAGGGAAUAGUUCAUGUCAAGGAAGACGAGAAAGACGGGCUGAUGAUCGCGUGGCGAGAUACCAGCAUUGCGGCAGUGAAGCGCAAAGAGGAGAUCGCCGAGCAAGAAGCUGCAGAGGCGCGGAGCGGGGCUGGUGAAGACAAGAUGUUGAAGAAGAUGGCGAAGCGCGCUGCAGAGGAGGCGGAAGCCAAGAAGGUCAUCGAAGCGAAGAGAGCGGCAGCUGCUGCAGCGGAACAACCAAAGCAGAACCCCACACCACCGGCCGAAGGCGCUUCGCCACCAGAGGAAAACAAGGGCGAAGCGACCCCCGUGGAAGAAGUGAAGAAGGAUGGAGAGGAGCCUAUAGUAGCUGCGGCGCCGGUGAAGCUGAGCUUUGGGUUGAAGGCAAAAGCUGCACCGUCGAACAAAGCUGGGCUUGGUCAGAUGAAGAGCCAGAGCAUUUUCAAGCGCAAGAAAGAUGAUGCCGUAGAGCAGAAGCCAGUGAAGAAGGUCAAGCUCUGA